AAAAUGGCAUUCGUUCUUGCUAAGUCGUCGGCCUUCGGCGUCGCUGCCAAGCCCGCCUCGCGCCGCUCCAGCGUCGCGGUGAAGGCGACGGCUGCGCCGGAGAACGUCAAGGAGGCCCGCGCCUGGAUCGAUGCCUGGAAGAGCAAGCAGGGCGGUGCUCCCCGCGAUGCCAGCCUGCCCAGCUGGAUGCCCGGCGCCACCCUGCCCGGAUACCUGGAUGGCACCCUGCCCGGCGACUACGGCUUCGACCCCCUGCGCCUGGGUGCUGAUGCCGGCAAGCUCAAGUGGUACGCCCAGGCCGAGCUGAUGAACGCCCGCUUCGCCAUGCUCGCCGUCGCCGGCAUCCUGUUCCCCGAGCUGGCUGCCAACCUGGGCAUCUCCUGGCCGGGCGCCGGCGUGGCCUGGUACGAUGCUGGCAAGUUCGAGUACUUUGCCCCCGCGAGCACGCUGUUCAUCGUGCAGAUGCUGCUGUUCGGCUGGGUGGAGGUCCGCCGCUACCGCGACUACCUGAAGCCCGGCUCCGUGAACCAGGACCCCGUGUUCCCCGGCAACAAGCUGCCCGACGGCAACGAGCCCGGCUACCCCGGCGGCUUCCACGACCCCUUCGGCUGGUCCAAGGGCGACAUGAAGAGCCUGAAGACCAAGGAGAUCAAGAACGGCCGCCUGGCCAUGCUGGCCUUCGCCGGCUUCGCUGCCCAGGCCUACACCACCGGCACCACGCCCCUCAAGAACCUGGCUGCCCACCUGGCCGACCCCUGGGCCACCACCGUGUGGCAGAACGACCUGGCCCGCCUGUAAGCAGCUGGCGCACCACUUUUGACAUGCAUAGGGGCUUGACUGCACCGACCCACGGGUCACUUGCUUGGUUAGGAUGUGGUGCAUACCUGAAUUGAGCAGGGACAUGUGGUGCUGCAGCAUGCUUGGGUAUGCAGCAGGGUGCAACGUUCAAAUACCUUAUUCCAGAUUUUGGAGAAGAUUUCCUUGAGGAGACGAGUGUGUGCUGUGGAGUGUUUGAUGGCCUUGUGACCCAUGAGUGAAUUGUAUGGUCUGCGCAUAAGGCCUUCUGUGCAUUUGAGCGCAUCCUCUAAUGGCUACUUGGCUGCAUGGGACCACGACGCCGGAACUUUGGGAGCGCAGUGUCCAUCUGCGACUCACGAUUGUAUGGAUAAACACUAUUUCGCAUGACAAUGGCGGGAUUUGUCAUGACCGCAGAAAAGCGGGCUGCAAACGCCGUUCUGUUGACAAUAUCCGAUACCACCCAAAGUAUG